AUGGAACUUGGAAGGAGGAAUACCAAGAAAUACACUUUCAAAUGUCCUGACUUAACAGAGUUGAAGAAGCUUGUUUUUAUGAUAGUUAGACCAAAGGGUUUCAGAGCUCAGUAUGGAAGACUUGUGGAUAUCUUGAAGACCAAGGUUGAAGAUGGAGUUCUCAACACCCUGGUACAGUUUUAUGAUCCACUCUACCAUUGCUUCACAUUUCCAGACUACCAGCUUAUGCCUACUCUAGAAGAAUACUCUUAUUGGUUUGGUUUGCCAGUCUCUGACAAAUUACCAUUAAGUGGUUUAGAGAAGAUCCCUACACCAGCAGCUAUUGCAGAAGCACUUCACCUAGAAACGUCUGUUGUGAAGGACAACUUCAUUAAAAAAGGAGGAAUUCUAGGUCUAACCUCUAGAUUCCUGAUGGAGAAAGCCUUUAUCUUUUUAGAAGCAGAUAGUAUAGAUGCCUUUGAAGCCACUUUUUCUCUACUCAUUUAUGGAAUUAUGCUCUUCCCAAACAUUGAUGACUUUGUGGAUGUUAAUGUUGUACGAAUCUUCUUAUUUGGUAACCCAGUACCCACAUUACUUGGAGAUACCUACCAUUUUAUCCAUCACAGGACUAAGAAAGGUGGUGGAACCAUUCUUUGUUGUACACCUCUCUUAUAUAAGUGGUUUAUUUCUCACUUACCCAGAUCCGGGCUCUUCAGGGAGAAUCCACAGAAGCUCAGAUGGUCUCAGAGAUUCAUGUCCAUUGAUCAAGGGAAUAUACAUUGGUAUGACCCCUCCUAUGAUGUUGGAGUAAUUAUUGACAGUUAUGGUGAAUUUCCUAAUGUACCUAUCCUUGGUGUACAUAGGGGAAUUAACUAUAACCCCAUCCUUGCCAGACGCCAGUUAGGAUAUCCCAUGGCAAAUAAACCCGAUAUUCUUCUAUUGUCAGGCUUCUUUUACCUCAACGGAUAA